AUGCGCUGCGACCAAGCUAUCAUGUGUUACUGGGAUCGGAUAUAUCAAACUUUUAUAGAUCUGGUGGGAGGAAAUUGCCAGUAUCUGCGUCUCAUUGACGGCCUGACCGUCCGUCUCAUUCAUUCGCGAGUCCCGGAGGUUUCGCCGAGAGACUUCAGGUUCUUGGAGAGUGAACUGGGACAAGGCAACUUGUUUCGUACCAUCCCCGCCUAUGACCGCCAAGCUGUUUGGGAGCGGUUGAUCAAUAUACAUUUCCAAAUCCCCACUCUCGAGACAUUUUUCAAGGAUAGACUUUACCUCGUGAUAGACCCACAGGUCUACAAGGCAAGGAAGCAAUCUGGAGGCGAGACAACUGGGAUUGGGAAGUCUAGGGAGAAGGAAGAAGAGAGAGAGAGGGAAAACCCACGAUGGGGAAAAACCCUCAAGACACAUGACCGCUGCUGGGCCUAG